GUAUGGCGGUCGUGGUUGUCAACAAAUGCGAUUAUUGGUCACAUUUUGUCGAAUUAUGGCUGUAAAAAACUGUCUAAUGGACAACUAGUCGAGUUAUUGAAUCUUUAAACGAAUUCGUCAAGAAAGAUGGUGAAACAGACGAUCCAGAUCUUUCUACGCGUCAAACCGACAAGGGCUAAGACCGGGCCUUAUGAAAUAGAUGAAGAUGACGGUGGGAAUCCUAGAAUCACCUUUACGGUACCUAGAGAUCUUGCAGGUGGUUUCAUAAACAACAAGAAAGAGCAGUACAAGUUCAGAUUUCAGAGGUUGUUUGAUCAACCUACCAAACAAGAAGAAGUAUUUGAAAAUGUGGCCAGACCAGUCAUAGACAAUGUUCUUGAAGGCUACAAUGGAACUAUUUUUGCCUAUGGACAGACUGGGAGUGGCAAGACAUUUACAAUAACUGGUGGUGCUGAGAGAUAUGCAGACAGAGGCAUAAUACCAAGGUCUUUGUCAUAUAUCUUUGAACAAUUUGAAAAGAAUCCAGGCUUUGAACAUUCCACUCAUAUCUCAUACCUUGAGAUCUACAAUGAGAACGGAUAUGAUCUGCUGGAUCCCAAACAUGAAGUGGCUAAACUAGAAGAUCUUCCCAAAGUGAGUCUGAUGGAGGAUUCUGAUCAAAAUGUUCACCUGAAGAACCUGUCCACUCACACAGCUGGUAAUGAGGAGGAGGCCCUCAACUUGCUGUUUUUAGGAGACACCAACAGGAUGAUAGCUGAG